GCAGCGCGCCUGCGCGGCUAUGGCGGCGGCCUGUGCAGGGAUGGAGGCGGCAGCAGCGGCGGUGCCUGCUCCCUCACCUCCCCCUUCUGCCGCCGCCGCCCCGGGCUCGGCCGAGCUGGUGUGCGCGGAGGGCCGGAACCUGAAGGCGGUGCUGUGCCAGCGCUGCGGCUCCCGGGUGCUGCUGCCCGGCGCCGCCACCUUCACCCGCCGUGAGCUGCUCCUGCCCGCCAUGAGGAAGAAGGCGGCGGCGGCUGCGGGCGGCGGCAGCGGGGACGUGGUGCGGGAGCACUGGCUGGUGCGGGACAUGUUCUCCUUCGAGAACGUGGGCUUCACCCGCGACGUGGGCAACGUCAAGUUCCUGGUGUGCGCCGACUGCGAGGCGGGGCCCAUCGGCUGGCACUGCCUCGACGACAAGGACAGCUUCUACGUGGCGCUGGAGCGUGUGGCCCACGAGUGACAGCGGCGCUGCCCGCGGGCCGGGUGGAGCCGGGCACCCGCCCGGCAGCGGCAGGGCCCUGCAGACUGAGCCCGGUGCGGCCCUCACCGCUGAGCCCCCCCCGGGGGAAGGACAGCACCGAUGGAGAGCCCCAGUUGAUGCGGGGAUGCCGCACGGUGACACCUGGCAGUUGAUUGGCCUGGCCUGGGUCACCUCUUCCUUGUUGGAGGCUGUUUCUCGGACGUGCUAAGAUGGGUUUGUGGCACAGCCGUGGGAAUGUGGGUGCUGGCACAAGGGCAAGGGGAGGACAGGACAGCUUAAAGUGUCUGAACUGCAGCCAGAGCACUUCACAGGGUUAAGGCUGUAUCUUCUGUUCAUUCAUGGAAGAAAUGUCCCCUGUCCUGAACGCUGAUGUUUAGGUCCUCUAAAACCUCAUCCUGCCUGACAGCUGUACUCUGUAAUAGGGUAUGGCAACUAAAGAGUGUAUAAGGCAUUUUAACUAACACUGUGUGCAGCUCUGUUAGCUGAGACCUUGGGAAUAACAUACAAGUUUACAGACAUAAAAUGUGCAACGUCAUCAUAUUUCCCAGCAGCAGGAAUGAAGGGAUUCCAGCCUGAAAAGGACUUGAAUCAUUGGACAAGCAGUGCCCAGUGACUGCGUGACAGGGUGCUGAAGAAUGUCAAAACAGCCAUGCAGCUGUUAAACAGAGAACCUGGGAUGGGAUUUCUCCUCUGUAAAACAGCUGUAGGGGCAGUGCUGGGGUGUUGUGUCCAGUUCUGGUCUCUGCCUUUUAAUAGGGGCACAAAGCUAAUUGCAGAUCGAAGGAGGCUGCAGCAGCCGUGGUUCUCACUGUAUUUCUCUUUUAGUAACUGUGGUCCAUUCUCCAUUUGCAGCCCUCCCCAUGUGAAUAAUGCAGCAGCUUCCCAGUGGUUGUCCUGACUCAGGCCAUGCCUUACUGCAGGAGGUACAGCAGUGCCCUGUUCAAUAAACACUGUGUCAGUACCAGUGCCCCUGUAAAGGCACAGGUGUCAUUGUGCUGGGAUGGUGAAGUUGUUCUUGUCCCCAGAAUGGAGAAUGGUUGUACUUAAAGAUUAGCAGUGUUGUUGGCACAGGGCUGCAGCAACAGUUUUUCACCACUCAGCUUUGCUGGCAGGGAUCUGUAAGGCAGGCACAACCCCAGGUAGGUUUUCCAGACAGGCAUCUGCAGGGCGGGUGAGGGAGAAACAAAUCCUUCCUUUUCCCAGUGCACUUGGAAGUUAAUAAUGCAGAACCCCAAGAUGCUGGCUGUUCUGGAAGCAUGCUGUGGGCAGGGGAGGAAGAGAGGCAGCUCCAUAGGGUGGAGAUUGAGGCUGUCAGCGUGGGUCAGAGGCCAGUCCUGUGCUGUAUCCUUGCUAAAUGUGUCACAUGCACAUUUGACAUGAAAACCAUGCUGCUUUCCUCCUGCCCUCCUUGUCCUUAUCCCUAAGCCCAGUAACUGAACAUACCCUUCAAGGACAUGUACAUAGAAGGGCUGGAGAGCUUCCUUUGGGUUCUGCACAGGCACAGCAAAACAGUGGGAUCACAUUGCUUAAAUUUCACAUUUCCCUUGGAUUGUUGUGUGUUAGGGAAGGUUUUGACCUGUAGCACCUACAUUAUAGUGGUACUCCUAUGAAAUGUGCUGCACAGUAGUUUCUGUUUGAAGAUGCCACUGUGUGGAAGAGGUUUAUGGGUAUCAGCUUGCUUAAUGAUGAGUAAAUGACACUUCUCAAACA